AUGCUACACAGCACGGUGCUCCCGCGUCCCGAACAAGUGUCGCUUCGCCAUCCUAAACCUCCCUACCUUCCCUUCCCCGCCUUCCGAUCCGAAGCACUUCGCUUCUCAAGUUUAACACGUCUAACAACCACUAACGUUCUAAUGGCCGCCGUAUCCUCUGCCGCCUCUGCGGCUGCCGCCCGCAUUGGCGCCGCUCUCUCCGAUGCGCAGUACUUUGAGUCGAGCAUGGUCCGGGUGGAAGACAUCCGCCGCCAGCUGGACAGCCGCUCCGUCAAAGAGAAGCUUGACGCCAUGAAGCGGGUCGUCGCCUUAAUCUCCCUUGGGAAAGACGCCUCCACCUUCUUCCCCGACGUCGUCAAAAAUGUCGUCGCGCCCUCAUUGGACGUCAAGAAGCUCGUCUAUCUCUAUCUCGUCCACUACGCAGAGGAGAAGCAGGACCUGGCUUUGCUGGCCAUCAACUCCUUUCAGAAGGACUUGUCCGACCACAAUCAGCACAUUCGCGCGCUUUCGCUUCGCGUCCUGUCCUCCAUAAGGGUCAGGGUCAUUUUGCAAGUCGUCAUUUUGGCCAUUAGCAAGUGUGGUAUCACAGCCCAGAUUUGUAAUUUGUACAGCACCCGCCGCCGCGGGUGCCUUACAAGCGCACGACUACACGUGGGCAUUACAGGCCGAUGGACUACAUGUGUGCCUUACAGGCGGACGACUACACGUGGGCAUUACAGGCCGAUGGACUACAUGUGUGCCUUACAGGCGGACGACUACACGUGGGCAUUACAGGCCGAUGGACUACAUGUGUGCCUUACAGGCGGAUGA